AUGUAUGCUGCUCCACGCACCGUCAACACUUACGCCGCUAUGGAGAAGUCUGGCGAGCUCAAGCCGUGGCAGUACACAUCGCGUCUGCUCGGUGACGAGGAUGUCGAGGUCAAGAUCUCGCACUGCGGUAUCUGCGGCUCCGACGUCCACACUCUCGACAGUGGCUGGGGCCCUACUGCCUACCCCGUUGUGGUUGGCCACGAGAUCGUGGGCGAAGUUACUGCUGCUGGUCCCAAGGUGACCAAUCUGGCGGUGGGUGACCGUGUUGGUGUUGGCGCCCAAGUCUGGUCUUGCCAGAACGAGGAGGCCGACAAGCCGUGCGUCGACUGCGCUGACAAGAUGGAGCCAUACUGCGACCGCGCUGUGCUGACAUACAACGCCAAGUACGAGGACGGAGCUCUGGCUUACGGUGGAUACGCCGACUACGUGCGUGUGUCCAGUGCCUUCGCCUUCAAGAUCCCCGAGAACAUUCCGUCGGACGCUGCAGCUCCUCUGUUGUGUGCUGGUGCCACCGUCUUCUCGCCACUGAAACACGAGAACGUUAAGCCUGGCGAUCGUGUCGGAGUCAUCGGCGUCGGUGGUCUAGGUCAUCUGGCCAUCCAGUUCAUCCGCGCUCUUGGUGCUGUGCCUGUGGCUUUCUCACGUUCAGCCAACAAGCGCCAGCAGAUUCUGGACCUCGGUGCUGCUGAAUUCUACAACUUGAGCGACCCGGAGGAUGCCAAGAAGGCGGUUAAUUCAGUACAUAUGCUGAUCUUGACUGCUGACGCCAAGGGAAUGCCGUACAACCAGUACCUGGGCCUCCUCCGCAAGCGUGGCACGCUGGUAAUGUUGGGUCUGCCGAACGACGAGAUCAAGUUCCUCCCAAUGUUCGUCGUGGGCCGUGGAAUCCGCGUAAUUGGCAGUCUCAUCGGCAGCAUUGAGGACAUCGAGGAUAUGCUUAAACUUGCGUCGGAGAAGAAUGUUCGUCCGAUCAUUCAAAAGCUCCCCAUGGCCAAGGUCAAUGAGGGUAUCACUAUCAUGCGUGAGGGCCGCGCUCGCUACCGUGUAGUACUAGAGAACUAA